CAGAAGUAGUUCUGGUUCCAGCACAGCAAAGCAAAAGCCAAUAGAAUCACCAUGCAGUUGACCACUUUCCUGAUGACCCUCCUGGUGGUUGCCAUGCUCAUGCUCUUCAGUGCUCCAGCAUCUGAGGCCACCUUCCUGCUCAUCGCCUGCAUGCUGCGGUCUCCUCUGUGCCCAUGGGUCACCACAGCCACCACCGCCUAAAGAAUCUUGGUCUUCCUUAGCAGUUGGAUUGGAAAUCUUUGAAUUAAUAUGGACUAUUGAUCGGAAUAAUAUACAAAAAUAUAAUUUUUUGUUGCAUUAAAAAGAUUUGAUGAGUUUAA